ACCAGCAGAUCAGAGCCCACUGUUUCUUCUUUUCCGUGUCUCGUUUCUCUUCUGCACAUUUCCCUGUCUUUUUCUCCUUGUCCUUGUUUGUGUCAUAGUGACAGUACUGAGGAGAAGAGAUCGAUAACUCAUGGGAAGGGCUCCAUGCUGUGACAAAGCCAAUGUCAAGAGAGGACCUUGGUCGCCGGACGAAGAUGCCACUCUCAUUCGCUACCUCCAGACCCACGGCACCGGCGGUAACUGGAUUGCUCUUCCUCAAAAAGCUGGCCUGAAGCGAUGUGGGAAGAGUUGCAGAUUACGCUGGCUGAAUUACCUAAGGCCAGACAUCAAACAUGGAGGCUUCACCGAAGAAGAAGACGACAUUAUUUGCUCUCUCUACGGUCAAAUGGGAAGCAGGUGGUCUAUCAUUGCUUCACAUUUACCGGGAAGAACAGACAAUGAUAUCAAGAAUCAUUGGAACACCAAGUUAAAGAAGAAGUUACUUGCAUCAAAAGCUACUCCCGCUGGACCUUCUCUUUGUGUCCCGAAACCGGAACCCUUCAAUAAUUGCGGUUAUCCAUCUCAGAAUAUUACUUCUGCAACAUUGCCUAUGUUAGCUGAUGCUGGUUACGGAGUACUGACUAACGUUAAUGGACCCCAAAAUCCAAUUGACACGUUUUUUCCUUCAGCAGAAACUGGUCGUGUUUUUCAGUUCGGAGCGGCCUCCUCCUCCCAAGAGGGUUCAGAAACCAUGGCUGCAGCUGCUAAUGGGGAUGUUGAAGACGGUGGGAUAUUACCGGACUACGGAUUUGAGUACCUUUAUGAUCUUGUCCAUGGUAGUACUACACAAGAUCACAAACCUGAUGGGGCCACUCCGAUUUUCCCAUGCUGACAUGAAACCCACGAUGACUAGAUCAAAAUGUUGCUAAUUAACAGAGAACAUGCACUUGAAAGAUAGAUAUAUCAGUAAGUGUUGCUAAUUAACAAAGAACAUGCACCUGGAAGAUACAGAUACAUAAAUCAGUUUAGUGGUUUGCAAUUCAGACUUAUCCAAUAAUGGGAGAGACCCACUUCUGCAUUAAAGAGGCUUUUCUUAUUGAUGAUUUAUGUUGUGCAGUUUAAUAUAUAUAGUUUGAGCUAACUACACAACACUUUUUCAUAUGUAUGUAUAUAUAUUGGUCUUCUUUUCACAUGUAAUUUUUUAGGGUUACAUUUGGUAAUAUAUGCUAUGUAGAAUU